AUGGCUGAGUUCUUGCCCUCCGUCGAUAACGCCACGGACCUCGUGUGGUCCUACGCUCGAGCCUUCGAUGACUGGUUCAUGAAUUUCAUGCGCAGCCACUGGUUUCUUCAAGACCUUAUACAAAACCCCAUAUCUCGCGUUAUCUCGGAGUCGCUUCUCGUCCUUUUCAUAGUCUUGUUCACAUACGAGACGAUAUACUGGUCUGGCAUUUACCUAGACUUGUGGGAGUACCAUGCCAAGGAUAUAUUCACGGAGGUGCCCAUCCAUUGUGCCCACGUUUACGUUAGAGUCAAUGUCGCCAACAAGGACAGUCUAGCUGACGUCAAGGAAUACUACGAAUUAAAGCAGCGGUCGGCUUACAAUGUAUUGAACUGGAAAAAACUCAAUGAGCUAGCCCUUGUGAUUUUCAAGUUGCCUCAGUUUGUGAAGUAUCAUUUUGAGUUCAGCCCGGAAGACUUUGAAGGAAACCCAGAGCCUGAGUUUGGCUCCAACAUCGAACACUUGCGUCAAAAAGUGCUCACCACAUUCUUUGCGUCACCGCUCUGUAAUCGCUUUGACAGCGGUAAACUCACCAAGGACGAUGUGUUGGUCUACAACAAUAAAUCCAUUGCGGUUGGUCCUGAGGACGACAAGACCUACCUCAGUAAGAUCCACAUCGAAACAGGAAAUGUCAUCGAUGCCAUAGUGCUCGUCUAA